GAAAAUAUCUAAACCGGACAAAGACAGAGUCGCCCAAGAAGACGCAAGGGCCAGCUGAGAUUUCUUUAAAUCUCCGCUAACUCUCUCUCACAACACAAACAGUUGUCGCCGUCUUAUCUUUGCUCCAAGGUUCUCAUCGCUCCUCUCUCAUCACUCCACACAGGCAUUUCGUCUUUUCCCGACCUCCGUUCUUUCCGGUGAUUGAGUAAAAAUGGCGGAGGAGAAGACUGCUAUUGCGAAAGAUGUUACUGAAUUGAUUGGUAAAACACCAUUGGUCUAUCUCAACCAUGUUGUGGACGGUUGCGUAGCCCGCGUUGCCGCUAAGUUGGAGAUGCUGGAACCUUGCUCUAGCGUCAAGGACAGGAUUGGAUAUAGUAUGAUUCAAGACGCAGAGGAGAAGUGUCUCAUCACUCCGGGUGUGAGUGUUCUUAUUGAGCCUACAAGUGGAAAUACUGGCAUUGGGCUGGCAUUUAUGGCAGCUGCAAAGGGCUAUAAACUAAUAAUUACAAUGCCUGCUUCCAUGAGUCUUGAGAGAAGAACCAUUCUGCGCGCUUUUGGAGCUGAGCUUGUUCUCACAGACCCAGCGAAGGGCAUGAAAGGAGCUCUUGCAAAGGCGGAAGAGAUAAUAGCCAAAACACCCAAUUCCUAUAUGCUUCAGCAAUUUGAGAACCCUGCCAACCCAAAGAUCCAUUAUGAGACUACUGGACCCGAGAUUUGGAAAGGCUCUGGUGGGAAAGUUGAUGCUCUUGUUUCUGGGAUAGGAACUGGAGGCACAGUAACAGGUGCUGGAAAGUAUCUCAAAGAGCAAAACCCUGACAUUAAGCUCUAUGGUGUAGAACCCGUAGAAAGUGCCAUAUUGUCUGGAGGAAAACCUGGCCCACAUAAGAUCCAAGGAAUUGGUGCUGGAUUCAUUCCUGGAGUUUUGGACGUCCAUCUACUUGAUGAAGUUAUUCAAAUAUCAAGUGAUGAAGCUGUUGAAACUGCUAAGACUCUUGCAUUGAAAGAAGGCCUGUUGGUAGGGAUAUCAUCCGGUGCUGCUGCCGCUGCUGCAAUUAAGAUAGCAAAGAGGCCAGAAAAUGCUGGGAAACUCAUCGUUGCUGUCUUCCCUAGCUUUGGGGAGCGUUAUCUCUCCACCGUGCUGUUUGAGUCUCUGAAGCGGGAGACUGAGAGCUUGACUUUCGAGCCCUAAAGCGUUCCCCAACUUGAAAAGGAGCCUUUUAGUUUCAUGUGCAUGCGCAUGGUCAUCAAAUUGCAUUUAUUUUCCAGUUUGAAUCUCUCUCUUUAUAUUUAGUAGUCUAAAUAAACACAAUGAAUAAUAUGGUGGGUUCAAGUGUGAACAUGAAUGUCGGAGUGUGUAUGGGCUGACCGAAAACUGGCAUCUUGUAUUGCAACACUAAUUAGUAUGGUACAAUAUGUUUAGUCUUCUUCCUCUCAA